UUUAAUAUAAUGUACGCUGUUGUUAAAAUGAUUCCAAGCAUUCCUUUCAGUCUCUCGCGCAUACGUAGCUGACAUCACGCGAUGUUUUGAAGUGCUAUGGCGUACCAGGAAGGGGAGUCGCUUGAAUCCUGGCUCAAUAAAGCCACCCAUCCAACCAACAGACAGGAGGACUGGGAGUACAUCAUAGGCUUCUGUGAUCAGAUCAACAAAGAACUGGAAGGUCCUCAGAUUGCUGUAACACUGCUCGUCCACAAAAUACAGUCACCCCAAGAAUGGGAGGCUCUCCAGGCGCUGACAGUGCUGGAAGCCUGCAUGAAGAACUGUGGGAGACGGUUUCAUAAUGAAGUUGGAAAAUACAGGUUUUUGAAUGAGCUGAUUAAAGUCGUGUCUCCCAAGUAUAUGGGUGACAGUACACCUGAGAAAGUGAAGAUGAAGAUUGUAGAAAUGUUAUACAGCUGGACUGUUGCUUUUCCCAAUGAAGCCAAAAUCAAUGAAGCGUAUCAAACACUCAAAAGACAAGGUUUAGUGACACAAGAUCCAGAGUUACCGCUGGACAUGACGUUAAUUCCCUCACCUCCAACUCGUCCUAAGCAUCCAGUAUUUGACAACGAGGACAUGGGGAAGCUGCUUGCUGAGCUUCUCAGGAGUAAAAAUCCAGAAGACCUGCAGGAAGCCAACAGACUAAUAAAGAAUAUGGUGAAAGAGGAUGAGGCCCGAGUGCAGAAGUUGACUAAACGUGUGCAUACACUGGAGGAGGUCACCAUCAACGUGAAGCUACUGACGGAGAUGUUGUCUCACUACAACAAAGACAGCUCCACUGACUCUGACAAGGAAAUCAUCAAGGAACUGUAUGAACGGUGUGAUAAGCUAAGACGUGCUGCCUUCAAAAUGGCCACUGAGACAGAGGACAAUGACACCUGUUUAGGUGACAUCCUCCAGGCCAGUGAUGAUCUCUCCAGGGUCAUCAACUCUUAUAAGAACAUUGUGGAGGGACUGCCAAUCAACAGUUACAAUGAAGAACCUCAAUCUACGACUGCUGCAGUUGAGAGCGAGACCACGGACACUUUAAUCGACCUCACUGACCUCGACGCUCCGAGCCCUCCUCAGCCCAUCCUCCCACCCUCUGAUCCCUCGCAUCCUUUCUCCACCAAUGGCACAGGCUCCCCCAUACCUUUCCUUCCUCCUCCUCCCAAACACCUGACCAGCUCUCAUGGCAGUCAGAGCAGCAGCCCGAGUCAUCCUCCACUGGGCCAGGCCUCCACUUCUCUAUCGCUCCUCGAUGACGAGCUGCUCUCCUUGGGACUAAACGAACCCCCUGCGUCUGUGAGCAGCCAAUCAAAGCCAACAUUAAUCGAAGUGUCCAAUCAGUGGGACUCACUGUACGUCCUUCAGAAGGCUGUACCAUCAAACGUCGCCAUGUUUGGCAGUGUUGCUUCAUCGGCUCCGGUGGCGUCUCAGAGCGAACCAUCAUCCAACCUGCAGAGUCUUCAGAACCUGCAGGACUUGGCCAUGUUAGGGUUUUCAUUAGAUCAUAAGAUGUUGUCCAAUCAGAUGACACCCAGAGGAGGCAACUUAGGAGUAACUCCUGCUGUGGCACCUCCUCACAUACCAGGACAGGCCUCCUCUUCUGCAGCUGCUCUUCAGGGUAUGAUGCCUGGUUCUCCUGCCCUGUCCCACCCUACAGUCCAGAGUCUGGGCUCAGCUCCAGGCAGCCCACUUUUCCACUCGCUCUCUCCCUCCCACCCUCCACCACAGGGCAGCCCAGCAAGAGCAGCAGACGUCUCACUGAGCAACGUUCACGUCCCUCUGGAGUCCAUCAGACCGAGUAAAGUCCUGCCAGUGACGGCCUAUGACAAGGAUGGCGUUCGUGUUCUGAUCAACUUCGCCUCUAACUGUCCCCCGGGCAGGCCCGAUGUGCUUGUGAUGGUGGUGUCCAUGUUAAAUACAGCGCCUCUCCCUGUUCACAAUGUGUUACUGCAAGCUGCUGUACCCAAGACGAUGAAGGUGAAGCUGCAGCCCCCAUCAGGAGCAGAACUGGCACCGUUCAAUCCCAUCCUCCCUCCAUCCUCCAUCACCCAGAUCAUGUUGUUGGCAAAUCCAGCAAAGGAAAAAGUGCGUCUGCGCUACAAGCUGGCGUUUACACUCGGAGACCAUUUGUGCAAUGAGAUCGGAGAGGUCGACCAGUUCCCUCCACCAGAGAUGUGGGGUCAUCUAUAGCAGCAUGAAGGUCUUGAAGGACAGAUCGGCGGAAGGUCUUAACUCCAUGAAGGGGUGUGUGUGAAGUCAAGUACAUCCCAGAGAGAAGUAACAGGUCCACAGCUUCACAUUCUCUAAAUAACAUUACCAUUUUCUGGCCAUUGUUUUACACUUGUAAGAUGUUAACAGACCACCAGUUUUGUUCCUGGUUUGUUUUAUGAAGAGCUUGUAGAGUCAAGUUGAUGAGAAAGUAAAAAGCUCAGCGACAUGUCCUUUACCUUCAUGUUUUGAAUUUACGUUGGUGUCAUGAAUAACUAUUGUUCAGCAUAGAUUUAAAUCAAGUUAUUAAGUUGUGAGGAGGCCAGUGUCACAACAUAACUGACACCUGCUGCCAUGAAACCCCAAAGAAGAUGAAAUGACAUGGACAUGAGAAAAAUACAAGUUUCACUAAGUUUGCUUCACUUAAAACACUUUGUUGUUGCUCUGCAGCAGAACAAAUAUUUGAUUUAAAUGAAAAAAAACUACUGAGCCUCUACAUACUGUAAACGGUCUAAACAAAUGAAGUCUGUGCUUUUAUUUACUUCUUACUGAUAACACCAACCAGGCUGCACUUGGUAUACUUGAAACAAUGAUAAUAUAUACUUGAAAUAGUGGAUUUCUAGAAUGCAGUUACACUGGAAUGUAUAAACAAUAGACAUCCACUAACGUAGGACGAUGGAUGGUUGAUGUGACAUUAUUUUCUAAACAUUUAUUUUAGUAAAUUCUCAUCUCAAGUUACCCUGUGUUAUAGAAGUGGACCAUCGAUGUUUAAACAGCAGCACAGUGUUUGAUUUUAUUGACAAAUACUCUUUUGUUUCUGAGUAUAGUGAGUGUAGGCUUUUCUUUAAAGUGACCUUUAUUUCUUGUUAUCUGGGUUAUACUUUAGCAGCUCUUCUGUGUCUGUGAUGUAUUUAAGGACAUUUACCACCUCAGUAUUCGGAGGAUACACGAUUGUUUUCUGUGCAAUUUCAGUGCAUCACUGAAACUGGAAAAUGUGAAGCAAACUAGUUCAAGAGUUGCGUUUAGGAAGGAUUGUUCUGUCAGGCCAAACUAUCAAACCAUCACAUCCCAUAUGGAACGUAAAGGAGUGUUUUUUAGUACAGAAGUGUGUAAUGUGUCUUUGUUGUAUGUGGACAUGUGACGUAGAUUUUGGGAGUGUCAGGUUUGUACAUACUGUAUGGUGCCGUUUCUUCACUGCAUGAUUAAAAAUAAAUUUCUUUCACUGGUA